AUGUAUGAAUCACUAAUUGCUCUUAGUUCAAUUCAAUUUUCUUGUUGUACAGAUGAUGGGAAUGAAUCUUCUCAUAUCAACAAUACAAAUUUGUUUUUAUCUUAUGUAGCGAAAAGUAUUUUCUUUGAGUUGAUUGCAUGCACAAUCAAAUAUGAUGAUAAAGGUUGUAGAAGAAUACGUCUUGAUUUUCUCCUAGUCUGGCUACCGGUAGACUAUCUUGAAUAUGGAAAUCGAUUAAUAAGUUCGUCUUGUCCGGUCAAUGAUUUGCUAUCUAUUCAAAUGAGGAAAGUUCAAGUAUCCGAUAUCAAGUAG